AUGGCGAGCAAAUCGCAAAAAGGAGAUAAAAAUAUAAAUAAAAGCAAAAAUGUGGAGAGUGAAGCUUCAGAAAAUUCUCAGCUGUCUGACAAAACAGAUUUGGCUCCUUCUGAGGAUUCACAGUCCCUUCUCAAGAUUGAAUCACUGGAAAAAGUUUUAAAUGAGAUCAGCAAAGAAAUGAAUAACUUGUUAUCAAAAUAUGCUGACACUAUAAGUGCAAGAAUAGCGUUGGAUUCUUCUUAUGUCCAGGAACUUGAUGAGAUCUUAAAAGAAGCCAGGGCCAUAGAAAAUCACUUAAAGCAGAAAAGAGAGAAGCUGAAACAGAGAUUCGCUGUCAUUGCCAAUAGUCUGCAAAGCUAAACGGAGUUUGUUACAGAAAUGCAGAGCCGAAGUUGUGUUUGUGUAUGAAAACAAACUGUGAUGAGUGUGGUGAUAUCUGUUUCUUGUAUAAAUAUUUCUGUUGGUUCAGGAAAUUUCCAACGAGUUAAGCAGUUACUUAGUGUUUAAGUACAUAGUGCAGUAGUAGUUGAUAAAAACAAUUCUGAAUAUCUAUUUUAGAUUCUGUGACUCAAGGGCUUAAGACCCAUUAAACAUAGCAAAAAAAACAUUUAUAUGAAAUAUAGAAAUUUAUUAUUUAAAUGUAAAAAUCACCUCAGAUUAUUUCAUGUUAACCAAUUUCUGGUUAUAUUUUUUUUUUUUUUCCCUUUCUACUUAAAAAAAAUGCUUUUGUGCUAAAAUCUUAGUAGAAUAUACUUGCAAUGUUAUUUCCAUUUUGCCUCAGAAUGUAAACAGGCUGAAAAGAAAAGCUUAGAAAUAAGCGAGUUCUAUAAAGAACUUUGAGAAAGUAUAAAGUCUUCAUUUCAAAUGCAUUAUAAUACUGGUAAUAUGUGUUACAUUUCAAGGCCAUGUUGAUAUAAAACAUACUCAAAGCUUUGCUGUUGAUGCCAAUUAGUAAAUAGAUAAUGUUAAUAUGAUCUAGAAUUACAAUGUUAUUUUGUUAUUUGGCCACAUGAGCGUUGAUUGCUGACACUCAGUUUUUCUGAGAACACUGAGCCCUUUUUCUUUCUUGUUGUUUUAUUCUGUUAAAAAAAAAUUAAAAAAAAGAUGAAGCAUGGAAUGUACAAAGGAUCACUUGUACAAAGUGUGGGGCUUAUAAUAAAGAGAAGUGCUGGAACAAGAGACAUUUCCAUCU